AUGCAGUACCGCGAGUUUGCCGAUAGCGUGCUGCCGCUUGCCGACAAAGGACACUACCACCCGUCACAGCAGGUGGCCAAGCGCUCACGGAGUGACGAUGAACAGCCGGAACCGAAGCGAACACGGACUGAUGCCGGCGGUUCCGAGAUUGAAAAGAUGAGGGCGGACAUGGAUGCUCUCAGGGCUGAGAAUGAGCGGCUCAAGGCUGAGAACAAGCAGCUCAGGGCUGAGAAUGAGAAGCUCAGGAAUGCCAGUCGCACUUCUGCUUCUUUCGUCAAGAAAGAGGAAGUCGAGGAUGAUGAUGCCGAAACUCUCAGCGAGGAGUUCGACAGACUUGUUGAAGAAGAGUUUGCUCGAAUAAGUCGGUGA